AUGUCGUCGGAGACAUACAAGGCCAUCUUGAAGAUCACGGGAAUCGUUGUUUCCGGAGGAAUCUUUGUAGCUAAGGAAGACUCACUCGAUAAGUACUUGCCUGUGUUCGAGUCGUUGAUCGAGUACUUGGACGUUAUCGAUAUCGUCACUCACAAGCUCUAUCUCCAAGACAGCAAGAUUACAUACAACUCCAUAAAGUUGGUCACGGACUUGAUCAACAAGGCACUUAGGUUCAAGUAUGAUGGGAUCAUCACUUUAGCGGGUCGAAUGAAGCAUGUCACCUUUUUCAGCACCGUAGGCAACCUCAUUGAGACUGACGACAAGUCCAUCUUAGAUGCCACCGAGUAUCUCAAGAUCGCAUACUACAACUUGAACGAAUAUUUGAACAACUCCAGAUUCGACUUGUCCAUUAAGUCACACCAGGUCAUGUUGAACAACCUCUUUAUCUACUUGGAAGUGUCGUUAAACGAGUACGGCACACCAGCUACGACCGAAGAAUAUAUCAAAGCGGGCUUCACCGAAAAUCCGCGUAAUUUUGUCAUCGAAAAUUUCUCGUUAUUGUUGGCCAUGAACCUCAAGAUCUUCUUGAAAGACCCUAAUUUCACAUUCAAAAAGAGGUUCCAUGAAGAGUUGAUGAUGAGCAACCAUUCUAGGACCUUUCCAUUAUUCUUGUUCAUGGACAGAUGUACCCAGAUGUGGAUCGACAUAUUUCACAGAAAAGACAAGUACCCCUUUAUAUAUUCUUCUGUGUUGAGCUGGGAGUUAAUGAUAUACUACACCAUGAACAACUGCUUGAUCUUGUGGCAGGAAACAAAGGCACAACUAGACAACGGACUGGACAUUGAUAAGAUCUUCCAGUUGCUCCUUUCAAACAUAGACUCAUUGGAAAUCGAGAUGUCCAAGAAAUUGAAGUCCGUGGAGGAUUGUCUUGAUAUAACUUCAUCUAAGACUGGCGAAGAAAUGAGACGUACCCAAGUAUUGCGAAUUAAGGACCAGCAGAUGAAUCAAUGGAAGCCCAAAUUCACCGAGUUCAACAAAGUAUUGGCUACAGAAGUGUUAGACUUUGUGUCGGAGCAAAGAGUAAUACAGUUGCUUAAGGGUUCUUGGUAUUACUUCCUUACCCUUGCACCUAACAGAACAGCCAUUUACUAUAAGGAAUACCUUGAAAAGCCUGCGUUAAAUCCAUCCUACGAAGAAUUAGAAGGCAGAGCCAUCCGUCUAAGAGAUAUACAUGAAUUCAGCUCUACAAAGGUCGGUGAGCACAUAGGAGAAGAAGAAAAGAGACACAACAGUAUGCUAAUUUCCAUCAAGGGGACGAUUUCCUACGAGAGAAUCACGCUAUUAGGAGAAAACAACAAGAAAUUGUUAAGUUUCUAUACCGACACAGAAGUCAACAAGUACGUUUGGCUAGAUGGCCUUAAAAUGUUAAAGGGGAUGUUCAGUCCUGGCCAAUUGUCAAACGACACCCAAAGACAGAUAGAAUUAUUAAUUGACAUAAGAAGAAACACCCAGUUGCUUGCAUUAGAAAAUAAAAGCGUCAAACCGUCCGCGACUGACGAUGAUGAGGAUGACGAGUACUAUGACUUGGACGAGUUGACGGCUAUUACGGACAAUUUCCACUAUAGAUAG